CGGCGCUGCGCGAAUGGCGGAAGCGGCUAGCUCAUCCGCUGGGGCCUCGGAGCCAGAGACCCAGCAGUUUGGCAACGUGCUGCUUGCCGGCAAGGACCAGCACCGCGAGGAGAACCUGGGGACGCUGCGGAUGCACUCGGGCGGCUUCGGCUGGAAGUCGAAGAAGACUGGCCACGUCAUCGCCAUCUCAAAGUCGGACCUGCGCGGCGCCGAGUGGGCAAAGGCGCCGCCGUACGCGUGCAUGCUCAAGCUGCGCGCCAAGGGCGGCUUCUCGCACACGUUCGUGGGGCUGCGCUCGCAGGACAGGGGCGUGGUCGGCGACUACUGCGCCCGCGUCUUCGAGCUCGACCUCAAGGACGUCGCCUUCUCGUGGAAGGGGUGGAACUGGGGCGAGGCGCUGGUCGAGGGCACCUCGCUCGCGUUCCGCGUCGAGGACAAGGCGGCGCUCGAGAUCCCGCUGGCGGCAGUGUCGCAGGCGAUCGCCUCGAACCGCAAGGAGGCGAUCAUCGAGCUCGCCGACGACGACACCGCCGCGCCCGAGGACGAGAUGGUCGUCGGGAUUCGCUUCCACGUGCCGGCGGCCGCGCGCGACGACGAGGCGGACGAGGAGGAGCUGGCGCCGGCAGAGACCCUCGUCGCGCAGAUCAAGGAGUCUGGCGACCUGGAGGCGUCGGGCACCUCGCUCGCCACCUUCGAGGACGUCGGCCUCACCGUCCCGCGCGGCCGAUACGACAUCGAGAUGUUCGACAAGUUCCUCAAGCUGCACGGCAAGACGUACGACUACAAGGUGCUCUACACCAACGUCGCGUCGGUGUACGUCCUCCCGAAGCAGGACAACUACACGAUGGCCUUCGUGGUCUCGCUCGAGCACCCGCUCCGCCAGGGCGCCACCAUGUACCCGCACAUCGUGAUGCAGCUGCCGCGCGACGCGACCGUCGACCUCGAGAUCGCCCUCGAUUCCGCCGAGCUCAAGCGCCGGUUCGACGACAAGCUCGAGCGGUCCGAGAGCGGGGAGCUCGUCGACCUGCUGCCAAAGGUGAUGUGCGCCUUCACCAAGAAGAAGGUGGUGCGGCCAAAGGUCGGCGGCUUCAACGGCGAGAAGGAGGACAAAUUGCCCCGACCUCGUGCGUCCGCCUCCAUCGCACAGGCCAACGACGGCUUCCUGUACCCGCUCGACAAGUGCUUCUUCUUCGUCGCGAACAAGCCGCUGCACAUCGACUUCGAGCGCAUCGGCUCGCUCGAGUUCAACCGCUCGGCGCGCACCUUCGACAUCACGCUCUACAUGCGCGACGGCAGCAGCCACCAGUUCGUCAACCUGCAGCGCUCCGACUACAAGGAGCUCUUCGCCUUCUUGCAGGGCAAGCAGAUCAAGAUCCGCAACCUCGCCGCCGCAAACAAGGCCAACGCCGACGACGCGGACGACGAGUCGGACGGCGGCGAGGAGGAGCCGCGCGCGGCCGACCUCGAGACGCACCAUGGAGCCAGCCGAGAGGUGCCCGCGAGUAGGCGACGAGGACCCGUAUAUGGAUCGCAUCAAGCGGCAGCGCGCGAGCAGCAGCGGCGCGGCCGACGGGAUGGGCGCCGACGACGACGACGACGACGACGACUCGGAGGAGGACGCGGACUUCGCGCCCGGCGAGGAGUCUGACGUCGACGAGGAGUACGAGGAGGGCGGCGGCGGCGGCGGCAGCGACGACGAGCGCGCGGGUUCGUCCAAGAAGAAGGGCAAGAAGAAGGCGGAGAGCAGCGGCAGCGACAGCGGCAGCGACAGCGACAGCGACGCGCCAAAGAAGAAGAAGGCGAAGCCGGCGGCGAAGGCGAAGGCGUCGCCCAAGAAGAAGCCGCAGAAGAAGAAGGACAAGGACGCGCCCAAGCGCGGCAUGUCGGCGCCCGCCCGCUCGCGCCGCACCACACCCCAACUCCCCGCCGCGCGCGUCUCCUCACCCGCCGGCCCGUGAGCAGGCAUUCAUGCUCUGGAUGAACGCCUCCCGCGCGAGCAUCAAGGAGGAGCACCCGGACGCAAAGGUGACCGACAUCGGCCGCAUCGCCGGCGCAAAGUGGAAGGAGAUGGACGCCGAGGCAAAGGCGCCGUGGGACGCCAAGGCCAAGGCGGACAAGGAGCGGUACGAGGCCGAGAUGAAGGCGUACAAGGCCAAGCAGCGAGCCAGCCUGGCCGCGGACGACUCGG